UACUAAACCGUGAAAUAUCUUUAUCUUCCAUUUGUGGUAAUAAAAACUUUUGAAAGCUGGAGAAACUAGAGCAGUUUGCGAAACUUUCAAAGAUGGAUCGAAAAGCGGAGCUAGAACGGAAAAAGGCCAAACUUCAGGCUCUUCGAGAGGAAAAAGAUCGAAGACGAAGGGAGAAAGAGCAAAAAGACCUCGAGGAAACGUCUGGAAAAUUGGGUUUUACAGAAACCAACGCAAGAAAAGAUUUGGAUGAAAUGCUUUCAUCACUUGGUGUUGCACCGGUAUCGGAAGUCCUUUCAUCUUUAUCUUCAGUGAAUUCUGCCACUUCUGACCAUUCUACAACACACACUCCCGACACGAGCCUGCAACCCAGUGUCAAUGGUUAUAGGCAAGGAUAUUUAAGGAUAGCUGUUAGAGCUUUUCAUCGAUUUGCAUUGUCUUUCAGUUACAGAAAGAAGCCGGUUAGCCUGUGUCUGGUGUCGGUACAAGCUACUAACAUUCCACCAAAAGAGACAGUUGUUUACUCCAAACAAACGCAAACCAACAGCUCGGGCGGCCAUGAGCGCGACGGAUAUAUGGAGGAUUGGUGGAGACCUCGCAAAGCUCAUGCAACAGACUACUACGAUGAAUACAAUCUUAACCCCGGUUUAGAAUGGGAGGAUGAGUUUACAGGUGAUGAUGAGGAAAACUCCUUGACUCACAUCGACCAUGGGUUUCAUUCGAAGCUGCCCCCUGGCAUUCUGCCGCACGGUUUACCAACGGUGAAGGAGGUGGCCCCAGCCAUAACACCCCAAGAGCAAAAGAAGGAAGACCUAAAGGAAGUGAAAGAACUUUCUACCGAACAAAAACAAAUGAUUAUCUUGUCGGAGGAUUUCCAACGAUUUAUCCUGCGCGCAGGAAAAGUUAUGGAACGAGCUCUGUCCGAGACGACUGACAUCUAUACGGACUAUAUCGGAGGAAGUGAUGCGGACGAUAUUAACGACGAAAAGUCCCAAGCGCGUCUGUCUCUUAACCGUACGUUCUUCUGUGAUCGCUGGUCAAAAAAUCGGUGCGUCACCUCAUUCGACUGGUCAACGCACUAUCCAGAGCUACUGGUCGCUUCAUAUCACAGCAAUGAGGAGUGUCCGAACGAACCAGACGGCGUGGUGACUGUGUGGAACACUAAGUUCAAGAAACAAUCACCCGAGGAAGUGUUCCACUGUCAGAGCGCCGUGAUAUCGACUUGCUUUGCGAAGUUUCAUCCUAAUCUAAUUCUUGGAGGCACCUACUCUGGACAGAUAGUGCUGUGGGACAACCGGGUGCAGAAACGUACGCCUAUCCAAAGAACGCCGCUUAGCGCCAACGCUCAUACGCAACCGGUUUAUUGUCUAUCGAUGGUUGGUACGCAGAACGCCCAUAACGUCAUCUCCAUAAGCUCCGACGGCAAGCUUUGUUCGUGGAGUCUAGACAUGCUUUCUCAGCCACAGGACGUGCUCGAAUUGCAACAUCGUCAGUCCAAGGCAAUUUCGGUGACUUGUAUGGCGUUCCCACACAACGAGGUAAAUAACUUCGUACUGGGCAGCGAAGAUGGCUACGUCUAUUCAGCAAUUCGCCAUGGUAAUCGAUCCGGCAUUGGGGAAACUUAUGAAAAGCAUCUCGGUCCGGUGACUGGCAUCUCGACACACCACAACCAGUCAUCUCCCGAUUUCGGUCAUCUCUUCCUAACUUCCUCUAUUGACUGGACGAUCAAACUGUGGAGCAUGAAGGAAAACCGACCAUUGUACUCCUUCGAAGACAACGCGGACUACGUGAUGGAUGUGGCUUGGUCACCAACCCACCCUGCUUUGUUCGCCGGCGUGGAUGGAAGUGGGAGGCUCGAUCUGUGGAACCUUAACCAGGAUACAGAAGUACCGACGGCGUCGGUGAUUGUUGACGGCCAACCGGCCCUGAACAGGGUAUCGUGGACGCCGUCUGGGUUGCACGUGACGGUUGGUGAUGAAAAUGGUCGCAUUUACGUGUACGAUGUGGCCGACAAUCUGGCGAAUCCGCGCAUGGAUGAAUGGAAUAAGCUGAACGCGGUACUGUAUGAUCUGAAAAUCAACCAGACGGAUGAUUUUGAUGAGAUGGACAAAAAGUCACCGGUGCCGCAAAACACGUCUCUUACGUCGCUAGCCGCUAGCGCGCCACUCAUAUGAAACGCAGUGCGGCACUAUUGAACAGUCAGCAGUGCUCGGGGAAGCGCUCAGUCAUGAAUUCCCUUGGCAGCCCGAGAGCGGUGGAUUUUUGCAUCAACGAUACUCAACGAUCAACGAUCUAUGGGAUGGUAGAAAUAAUAACCUAAACGCUUAUUAACAUCCCUUAUCUAUUAAUGUCAGACAGGAUUUAUCAAAAAUAUUUUUGAGCACCUUCGUGACAAAAACACUAGCAAUAUGCUGUGCAGCUUAAAACAUAUUUAUUUAUCGUGCUUCUUCCCAGCAAAGGAAUAUGUGAUUUGCCAAUGUGAAAAAAUCAAACGGCUACUAGCAACUACUUGAGCAUAAUUUAUGCGCUCUACUUGUCGUGUU